AUGGAGAACAGUUUGAUUCACAGCAACCUAGGCACCCGCUCGCCUGUAGCCUCCCGCAUCACCAGCACGUCGUUUUCGAAGAAAGUGGGCGAGACCAAAGGCUUUCCUGCAAAAAGGAUGAGUUCAACACGGAGUCUUCUUCUUCUUGUCAGUAUUGCACUUUCUUGGCUAAUGUGCUCAGCUGCGCCUCAUGCAGAAUUUUCUGGAGAUCCUGGUUUGCACCAGUUUGUUUCGAAAAAUAAGGAGUUUGUCAUCAGAAUAAAGGCUGAUCUCCUUGCAUUGAAUGGGCUUGUGCGUAAAGCAUUCAGCUUUGGCAGUAACAGAGAACUGUUAACAAUAGAAAAACUCUUGGGCAUUCAACAAGUUAAUAUCUCCCAUUGCCAACAGGACCCCUGUGACAUGGAAAGAUGCUUCAAUCAGAUACAGGCAGGCCUCCAAACCUAUUCUGGUUAUCUCUCAUAUAUUCGCCAAAUCUUAGUAACUUACGCUGACCAAGUACUUGGUAUUCAACUGGAUAUUUCCAACUUGUCCCACAACAUUCAACAACAGAUGGAAGAAAGCAGCCUGACCAGAGUUAUCUAUCCACAGGCAGAAAAUGAGCCUAGAUUUGUGGAAGUUCAAAGAGAAAUUGGAAGUUACCUGGUUCUCUCCAAACUCCAGAUAUUUAUGAAUAUGAUUUUCCGGGCCCUGAGGCACUGUAGCACAUAAAGGGAAUCUGUGGAGAAUU